AUGUCCAUCCUCCCCGCUCUCAUAAUCGCGAUCAUAAUAGCCGCUAUCAUAGCCAUGUCUUACUUUGGCCCGGAAACCGACCAAGAAUUCCAGCCUACCGAAGAGAAUUCGUUUUUCGACCGCUUGAUUCGCGCUUGCGAGCGUGCCACCUAUACAUGCUAUCAAGUGACCAUUCUCCUCCGGGCCAUAGCCGACAUACUGGUUAUUCUACAAGAGAUUGCCGAGAUGUUGCGGAUGAUGCACACUGAUCGCGAUGCUGGACGUCCUGUUGCCCCUUCGCAGUGCCGUGUUGAUGCAGAUGGGCUUGAGUCUUGUAGUGUUGAGAGGAUGGAUGUGGUAAGGGAGGAGGUUAUAUUAUGUUGUCUAUGCGAUGGGGGUGUUGAGGGUGGUGACCGUGACGACCGUGAUGACUGCCAUGACACCCAUAACAGCCCCGACCACAGUAACCACAGAAAUCACAGCAAAAGCAUCAACACCAGCAACCACAGCGUUGGUCCUCCAUCCAUUAUAACCACUUCAGGCGAGUUUGCACACAUGUAA